GUGAUACCAGAAUAUCCGUAUGGACCAAACUUGCUCUUCAAGCAGUCAAACAAGGGUCUUUAUGGCGGCCAGAGGAUACAAUUCGGCAAUAACGUCUCCAAGAAGACCGAGACGAAGACGAGGCGACAUUGGAAGCCCAAUGUUAUCACCAAGAGCUUAUACUCUGUUGCACUGAAGAAGCGCAUCCUGCUACGUGUCACUUCAAAGGUACUCAAGACGAUGGAUCGCGAGGGUGGGCUGGAUGAGUAUCUGCUCAAACAGAGCGAGUCCCGCAUCAAGGAGCUGGGCGAGAUGGGUUGGCGUUUGAGAUGGACGUUGAUGCAGACACCGGAGGUCAUUGCACGAUUCAGAGCGGAGGCAGCUGCUCUGGGUCUG